AUUACUCUACACGUGCUUGAACUGCACGUUAGGAAGGUACUGUAGAAAGGGGUAGGUGAGGAACAAAGAUCCAUUUGAAUCUCCUCUGCUAGAGGUCUGUCAUAAUGGGUUUUUUUAAAGUCAUUAAGGACAAAUCAUAUUUUAAGAGAUAUCAAGUCAAGUACAGGAGAAGAAGAGAGGGUAAGACUGAUUACUAUGCUCGUAAACGGCUCAUAAUUCAGGACAAGAACAAGUACAAUGCUCCGAAAUAUCGACUGGUCGUUCGUCUCACAAACACUGACAUUAUCUGUCAGAUUGUUAACGCUAAGAUCGACGGAGACGUCACCCUAGCAGCUGCUUAUGCUCAUGAACUACCACGCUAUGGUAUCAAAGUGGGACUGAAGAACUAUUCAGCUGCUUAUUGUACUGGAUUACUGCUAGCAAGAAGAGUGUUAACUAAAUUGAAUCUUGCCGAUAAGUAUGAGGGUAAUGAUGACAUCAAUGGUGAGGACUACAAUGUCAUGUCCAUGGGGGAGAGCCCACGUCCUCUCCGCUGUUACCUUGACAUUGGUCUCGUCCGUACGACCACUGGCCAGAGAGUGUUUGCUGCACUUAAAGGAGCAACU